AUGAACUCGAAUCAAGACAUUGGCCUGGCAAGAAAGCAUAGCGGGCGAAAUGGGUCGUUCUGUGCUGCAAGAGAGUCGCGAGUCCGGUUCGGGACAGGACGAUUCAUCCACUUAAUUCCGCCGUUUCGUUCGAAAGAUGGUCUACAUUCGAUACAUACACAGCUUCCAUAUCUUGGAACAGCAUCGAGACCAAGACUAUACUGUUUCGUCUCUGCUUCCAUUCCGGCUGAAGAGGCAGACAUGGCGCCUCGGAAGACUCGUUCCAGGUCCCCCCACCCAGAAGAUCGAGCAUGGGUGAGCCAGACCAUGCGCAAGAGAGGCAUGACGGCGAUCAAGAAGAACUACCAGUUUGGCAAAGACUGCGGUACGAUCGCCGUGCUACUGUUCUACAACAAGAUCCAUGGAUUCUGGGACGGCUCAGUGUACACCCCGGACGGGGAAUCGCUGCCGGAAAACACGAACGACGUGAUUCACGAUAUUUGGCGGAGGCAGGUUGUGUCUAAUGGCGAGCUUGUUCUGCGGCCAGCGAGACAACGGAAGAAGGCGGCCAAUACGAAGCCAUGCCGAGUCACCAAACCAGCGCUGAAGCCAUCACCCCGUGUGCUCAGUCUUCGCAGCAGAGGUCGUCAGGGCGAUGGCACAUCAGGGCCUAGCGCCUCACCGACCCAGCCGCAAAUCAUCGUCGCCGGCGACGGCGAAUCCGAAGCCGAAGACGAUGGCGAGAAUAUCUGGGACGUUCCAGCCAGUCCAGCGCCGAGGGUGACCCGACGCCGGGGUCGUGACAAUGCUGGCCCCGGAGAGGCCGCGACAAGAAUCCGAAGGGAAGCACCCCUCGACGCUUGCGCGGAUCAUGGUGUUCGCGGUGUUGACAGUACCGAUGGUCAUAUCGACGGCAACGACAGCGGCAACGGCAACGGCGAAGAUGAUGACCAUAACCACGGUUACGGAGGCGGUGGCCGUCGUCGUGAGGUUCCCGAUCGAAGCGAGCCGGCGGAACUGAACAAUGCUGCCUCGAGUCAUCUUCAUGAUGAUGUACCAGAUGAUCAGCACAUCGUGAUGCCAUACACUUCUAUGGCAGACGAGGAUGCGGAAGGCGAGCCGUGGUAUGAGCCGACCGCACCCUUUGCUUCCAUGGCUAUGAAUGGCCAGUCGGAUGAUGCAGUCCAGCGUAGUCACGGCGAUGAGCCAGGAUCUGUCGAUCUGACGACGACGAUGGCAGAAGAUGACUGGAUGCAGUCGGCUAUGAUGGACUUUGGCCAAGUGACAGAUUUCCCUGGCGCACAUCACUGGGGUGACAUGCUGGAAUUUGAUCUAGACAACAUAGGCAUGGACAUGAACGUGGACUUGGGCAUGGACAUGAUGGAUCAACUUGACAACGGUCACCUGCCCAUCGAUAUGAUCCAUCUUCCCUCAGCCGACCCACAUGUCGUCCCUCAGGCUCCCAUCGAAGCCGAGGGAGGGCUGGGCGACGGUGGACUGGCGAAACGCGAUACCGACGCUAUUGCUGAUGCUGGUAAUGAUGCCGCAAAACUUACACAGUCCACGAUUGCGACAGCCAGCGACAGCCACCUGCCCUCCGCCCAGUCAAAGAGUGACAUUGAGAUGCAAGCGCGGACUCCAUCAGACGAGACUCAUCCCAGCCCGCGGUCGAUCGCUGCGACAGGUUGCCCUGACAGUUCGAAGCAUACCACGACGACGGCAGAGGACGGACCGCAGUCGGGUCACUUUGCUGGAAACCCGCUGUUAUCGAUCAUCACUAGAGCAUUGUCUCAGAUGAAUUGUUACGAGGAUGCUGGACCAGAUAUGAACAAUAAGACAAGUUGGCCAAUGGGAAGUCAGGGCAUGAUCGGUAUGCCGUCCGCGAUGCCGGCCUGUUGAGUAUGAACUUCAAGCGUACACCGGUCUUCUUGAUCGGUCUUCUCUGAUGUGCUCGUAGUUGUACUUUCUUUCUCCUCUCUUUUAUUCAUUCAAGAACGAAAAUGAAGAGGGCAGAAAAGGAACAGCACGAUAAGUUUUGAUGGA